AUGCCGUUUCCGUGGAAGAAGAACCGCGUCCCUCGAAUCUCCCAAAUCGUCGCCGAUCUCCAAUCGCCAAAACGCGGCGGCUCCCUCGUCGUCGAGACCGGCUUUCCCACCUCCCUCAUCGACCUCUUCGUCAAAAACCGAAGCCGUUUUAGAAAACACCGCUCCAGAAAACCGCCUCCGCCCGACGUUCCUGAUCCUCCCCCGCCACCUCCCUCUCCGGCCACCUCUCCACCGCCGCCGCACCCCGAACCUCGUGUCCCAAACCCUCAAAUUGAACAAAACGACAUCGUCUCGGUUCCGGAUCAGGUCGCGGAGUGUUCUGUGAACGUCGUUUUGGUUGUGAGGAUUCUGAUGGUAUUAAUUGUGGUAGCGAGCGUGAAGAGGCUCACGGUCGGAAUCACCGUGUCGACGUUCGCGCUUCUGCUUCUCGAAUACGCGGGGCGACGCGUCGUUUCGUGCUCCGCCGUGGAAUCGUGGUUCCAGAAAGUUCGGGUUCUGAAGAAGGAGCGUGUUCGGGGGAGUGAAUUCAUUGAAAUUCCUCGAUUGAGCUUUUCUGAGGAUUUUUCAAUUGAUGAAAUCGAGGUUGUGAGCGAUGUGGGGAUUUGUUGUGAAAUGCGUUCUAUCAGUGGUCACGUGGAAUCAGAAAUGAUUGAGGAGUGUUCCUCACAUGUUCUUGAAGUUUCUGAAUGCAAGAUUAAAGGUAGUAGAAGUGGUAGGUUUGGGUCGAAGAUGGUGAAAAAGCUUGUGCCUAAGAAGUUUCGUGGCUCUAAGAAAGAGAAAAAGGAUAAAAUGAAUAAAGAGGUUGAGGAUGAGUCAGGUAGUGAAGUUUCGAGCGCUGUGGGAGAAGAUAAGCUACCUAUAUUAGAAAUUGAAGAGGAGAAUAAGAACACGGAUAAGUCAAGUAAGACUGAACAAGAUGAGGUUGAGUGUGGAAUCAUCUGUUCGUACAAUGAGAAGAGAGUAGCGAGGGUUGGGAAUUCAGGUUCUUCCAUGGUUCUAGUUAUGAUUGCCCUUGUUGGGCUUCUUCUGGGUCGUUUCCCAGCUUUGGUACUUUCAAUGGCAUGGUGCUGCAUGAUCAAGAUGGUAAGAACAUUAUGGAGAUCACGCAAUGUGCCUCUGAACAAGUGUUCUGUUUCAAACUCUUGA